AUGGAGAAGCCAGACAAGGAACAAGUAAGAAAUAUGUUGAGUGCUUUGGGACAAAAACCUUCAGAAGCACAAGUGAAUAGGUUUAUCAGCAUGACGGAAAAUUUAAAGAAAAAAAAGAAGUCAGCAAAGGCAUCAAAAUUAUCGGACUUCCAAAGCGAAAAAGCCGCAAGAGUAAGUAAUACACCAGCAACCAGGCAACGACGAAAAAAAAUUUUAAAGCAAGCCAAGGGCUAUUUUGGCUCGAAACACAAAUUGUUUAAAACUGCUAAAGAACAAUUAAUGCACUCUUUAACUUAUUCUUACGCAGGUCGCAAACAAAAAAAAAGAGAUUUUCGCCGAUUAUGGAUAACUCGCUUAAACAGUGCUUGCCGCGAAAAAGGAUUAACUUAUUCCCGAUUUAUGCAAAUGAUUAGAUUAGCCCAAAUUAAAUUGGAUCGCAAACAAUUAUCUGAAAUGGUAAUUCAUCAACCACAACAUUUUGAGACCCUAAUUAAUAAAGUCCAAAAUCCUUGGUAA